AAAUAGCCGUGGGUCGGGUUCAAACCGGAUGAACCGUCCGGUUCAAUUUUAAACCAAACAAAACGAAAGAAAAAAUCACAAGGCAUAACACUUGGCUUCUUCAUCGCACAACAACAUAAGCAGUAAAGGGUGCAUUGUAGAAACGAGAGAGACCGAAAAACAAAGGGCUAACAAUGUCGUUUAUGAAAGGAAAUUUGCUUUCUCGAACAAGAAAGCUCGUCAAGGGUUUAGCCAAGGCUGAACCUGUGUGGCUCAAAGCCAUGGAACAGGCACCGCCAGCAACGUUUCCACGACCUGAGGGGAAAAUUCCGACCAUCACGCUUCCUGAAGAUGUUUAUGUAAAGAGAUUUUAUAAAAAAUAUCCAGAAUCUAAAUACCAUGAUCCCAUCAAGUUUAAUGCUAUCGAUCCUCCUCCAUCUCGUUUAUUCGCCUUAAGGGUUCUUGAGUUGAAAGAGCAAGGCAUUAUUGAGGAAGAAGCAAUGGAAGUAGCAGAUAUGGAAUAUCUAGCGGAGAAAAAGGCAAAAAAGAAAGCGUAUGCCCGUCUUAAGCAAAUUGCGCGCCUCCAAGGAAAGAGACUGCCUCCAAACCCAUAUCCUUGUCCUAUCAAGGAGAUCCAAGCUGAGGAGAGGAGAUAUGUUCGCGAUCGAUUCUUCAAUCCCAAGAUACUUGAAAUUGUUAAACAAAAGAAAGAGGAAUCCAUGCAGAGAUUCGGAAGAGGCGAUUGGUGAUUUUUAUAGGGUAAAGUUAGAGCCAUUAUAUUGAAUCUUUGCCUCCUGAGCAAAUAAUGUGACAGCCUGUUACUAAAAAGUGCACACUUCUAUUCUAAGAUUAAGUAUUUGUUAUUUAUUUUUUUCCGAAAAACACUUAGAAAUUUUGGCCAAAAUUUCAUGCUA